CAAAGAGCAUAUAAUCGCUUGCUUAGUGACUGACAUUCACCUGACAUUUCUGCUUUGGUUCUGAUUGCAGAUGUUGUUAAUUUUGUCGAAAUUUAGGAAGAAAUAAAAUAGAACUAAGUAAGAUCGGAUAACUGAAGCGUUUGUUCAUUAACGGCCCUUUGAUAACUAAGUUAAAACUCUUGAGACUAGUAGAAUGCCGGAGACAAGUGCCGGCGGCCCUACAGAAAAUGAUGCUGAACACGAGGCUGACUCCGAACCAGGCGGGUUCUCACUAAGCGUGGACCUAAGCGCCUGCAUGGGUACCCAAACACGAUGCCGCAUGUGGGUGCGCCGACGUGCCCGCAAAGUGCGCUGGCUGGCGAGCCGCGUGCGACGUGUAACAAAGCUCAAAGGCCCAAUUCUGUUGCUGGCGGGGGAUCAUUUGCUACCACCCAGCGAGCCAAUGAAAGUGGUGCGACCUGAUGAUACAGUGCGGGUCACACGGGUGGAACACAAAUGGCAGCACGCGUUCAGCAUCGAAGACUCUGAUGAUGAGGCAUCAAUGCCAACCGCUUCCCCAUUCCAACCCUGGUCAGUCAAUCAAAACAGCACAAUCCAAACCUCCAAGGAAAACAGACCCAAGAAAUCUAUUACUAAACAAUGGGAACCAACAAACAUUAACCAAGUUGUGCCAGUACACCCUUCUCCAACUCAACAGCUACCAAUCGUACAAAACAACCCCACGACCCAAAGCAACCCCAAGAAAACAACAAGACCAAUGUGGCAACCCACAAUUAACCAAGUUAACCAACAGUCUUCAGCUGCACGUAAACGGAAGUUUACUGUAGGUGAUACACUGUUCCGGUUAAAAAGGGCAGAGGAAAGCAGAACACAAACACCACCAGAAACAGAACAAACUUCAAAUUCACAGUUAUCUAAGCCGAUUGAAGAUAUUUCAAAGUUUGAAGAAGUUGCUCAGAAGUUCACAGCAGUGUACCAAGAGUCUGUGCCAAAUGACAAUGAUGCAUUGAAUCAAGUCAAGAGAAGAGCACUAGCAUUGCUAGAACAAGUGACAGACGAAAAAGAUACAGAUGUAGUUGACGCGCCUAAGAAGAAACGGCACCGCGUGCGACGACGUCGACCAGCUAAGUUUUCCAAUCCAGAAGAAUUUAUUCAAGAUCUUGACUCUGAAUCAGGAAUACAAAAUGUAUCACAACUCUCGAAGAAUCUUGAUCCGACAAAAGAACAGGAUGUACAAAAUGGAUCCAAGGAAUCUCUGAAGCUAAAUAAUGACGUGGAUCUUACAAAAGAACAAGAUGAUUUAGAAUCUAAAGCUAUGCUGAUUAAAUUCAUAAGCCCGGAUAGAAAUAACGACAAUCAAGACAGUGAAUCAGACGAUCUUGACAUAAUUGGACCCGAAGAACAACCAGCCUCAACCGCUCAGCUAAUACAUUCUGUUCAAUCAUCCAAGGCUUUGCCAACUCCGACCAUGUUGGCUGCCCAGCCCUCUCCAACAUGGAUGGUGGAUUUUGUAGACAUGCCACCAGAGACUCAAAUACCUGUGCUAGUCAGGGAUACAACACCGCGGCCGCCACGUGUUGUACGCGCGCUUGGCACCCAACCCUAGUAGCAACGUGACGUCAGCGACGUCAUAAUGACGUAACAGACGUCACAAUGACGUAUAAAUGCUACCUAGGAAGGGCUAUAUCAGUGUUAAAAAUUGGCAAAUGGAAGUGUUAAAAUACUUAUUACAUGAUUUGAUAUUUUUAAGUAAUGAAUCGAUAAUGAUAAGAUUUGAUCUUAAUUGUUAAUUACAUAUGUCUAUGCUAAGUAAUAAUUCGUAUGUUUCAUAACUAAUUUUUUUUAGUAAGAUUACUAGUCCAAAAUUAAAAGUAUCAAGUUGUUUUUUUGUAACGAAGAUGACUUCUGUAUGUUUAUUCAUCAACAACCAAUCAAUUAUUAAUUAAUUAAUUAUUAGUUUAGCCAAUGGAAACCUGUUUUGGUUAACCUUUUCGACGCCGUGUCAAACACAAAAGCUGUCACUCGGACGCUACGUCACCGAAGUGUCAAAACUGAAAUUGAACUUUAUGCACAUGCACGUAGGUCUAUGUUGCUCUGUGGUCUGUGACCGAUUAAUCCGUCUUUGGCGUUGGACCUGCGGUGCCGCUAUAUCCGUCAUUGGCAUCCAAAAGGUUAAUUAAAUAUGUCUAUGCUAAUAAAGUAAAGUAAUAAUGCAUCUUUUAUAA